AUGACAUCAACUCAAAUUUCUGAGAGAUCAUCAUCAUCAAUGGAUAUGGAAUCAAGUGUACCUCCAGGAUUUAGAUUUCAUCCAACAGAAGAGGAACUUGUAGGGUAUUACCUCAACAGGAAAAUCAACUCACUCAAAAUUGAUCUAGAUGUUAUUGUUGAGGUUGAUCUCUACAAAAUUGAACCAUGGGACAUACAAGAUAAAUGCAAGCUAGGGUAUGAGCAACAGAAUGAGUGGUACUUUUUCAGCCACAAAGAUAAGAAGUAUCCAACAGGAACAAGGACUAAUAGAGCCACUGCUGCUGGAUUCUGGAAAGCAACUGGAAGAGAUAAGGCUGUAACUUCCAAAAAUAGAGUCAUAGGAAUGAGGAAAACACUUGUCUUCUACAAAGGUCGUGCCCCUAAUGGAAGAAAAACUGAUUGGAUUAUGCAUGAAUAUAGGCAUCAAACCUCUGAACAUGGCCCUCCACAGGCAAAAGGGUGGGUUGUGUGUAGAGCAUUUAAAAAGCCAAGUCCAAGUCACAGGCCAGGUUAUGAACCAUGGUAUAGCAAUCAACAACAGCCACAAUAUUUCAGAAAUGAUAUUCAACUUCAAUCCUAUGCAACAACAAGACCUUUAUCAAUCACAGAUCUUUUGCAUGAAGGUACAAGUUUUAGUAGUCACCCUUUUAGCAAUGAUCACCAUUUUCUAUCAAACCAAAACACUCCUUUUAUGGACAACAAACAACAACUCAUUGAACUUCCACAGUUAGAUAGUCCAACAACAAUAGAAUGUAGCCAACAACAACAUCACAUUAAUGGCCUCAUCACAAAUGAAGAAUUUUGCAGUGAAGAUAGAAGCAAUGAUAACAAUAAUAAUGGACAAGUGAUUGAUUGGAAAAGUUUGGACAACUUGUUCACUUCACAGUUUACAGAUACAGAUAACUACUUUUCACAUCAAAAUAGCUUGCCAUUGAUGAUAUCUCAUAGCAAUAACCAGAAUGAGCUACAAUCUCAAAAUCAAGUUAAUAAUAUCUUAGGAUGCUUUCCUGAUUCAUAA